AGGGCUAUUUCCGUCAUUGUUUAGACAAGGCUCUUUUUUCUCCUCUUAAAGAAGACCUUAAAAACCAACAAACUAUAACUCGCCGGAAAAUGGAGCAGCUAUCAGAAUCGGACCGCCGCGAUUCAGCUGAUGCGACUACUAGCUCGUGUCAAACCACCGCCGGACAAGAUGGUCAAGUCGGUGGCGGUGGAGAAGCUAUGGCUCGAGGCUUAUCAGCGAUGCUCGAGUCCGUCAUUAAAGACUUUGACUCUAAAGCUCUUGACACGCUCAAUAGCCAAGAUCAUCUCUCCGGUUCGCUCGAUCGCCUUGUCCAAGAGCUAGAUCAAUUGCUGGAAAACGCUCCAUUGCCGUUCAUAGUACAACACGCAUCAAGAAUCUCCAGCGUCAAACAAAGAGUUUCAUCUCUCAAUCUUGUCCUUAAAUCUGUCCAACGACGUAUUGAUAACAUUGAUCACAUGCUUUCUGCCAACACCACGCUAGAGAAAACAUCCUCGGAAACUACAUGAUGACGAAAUCACUCUGUUACUCUCUGUGUCGCUAUCUUUUUCUGCUUACUGCUAUGCUUUAGGAGCAAAAGCAAAGAGGUGUGUGUUUUGUACAAGUGCUAGUGUCUUUUCCACUG